CAUGUUACUCAACAAAAGUUGUAGUUCAUAUUCACGUCGAUAUAAAUAAAAUAUUAUUAAAGUAUUGAAUUAUUUAAUUGAAGUGGGCUUUAUAUAAGACGAGAUCUUUUUGGAAAUUAAUUUCACAACUUUCCAAGAUGGGGAACCUCAUAAAAAAGUUAACAGAGCCUAAUUUACCAUCAGAUUAUUUUCGUAUGGAAGUACCAAUUUUAAGAUAUUUGGGUAUUGAAAUGCUCAGAGAUGAAACUGUGGGUUACAGAGUUUUCUCGUUGGUGUCACUUUUCAAUAUGGUGGUGAUUUUCCUUGGCUUGGAAAUCUACGAAUUGUUUGUUCAAUUUAAUUUGGAAAAGUUUAGUAAACCAACAAUCAACGUCGCUAAUUAUGCAAUUACUCAUGCAAUGGGUACCAUUGAACUGAUGCUUAUGUAUAUUAAUCGUAAAAAAAUCGGAAAAAUAAUGACUUCUCUUCAUAAUCCUCCGUUUGCUCCUGACGCAUCUCGAAGUGGCUCAUCUGAAUCACGUUGGAUUCGAGAAACUGUUCUAAUAACUGAAAUAGUCUACAUUGUGUUCUCAAUAUUUCUGUUCAUCACUAUCACGUCUAUUUUCUUGGAGUGUUUGUAUUUCUGUAUUGUAAAGCCAAGAGACGAGUGGGAAAUGCCGUUUGCACCGAUGUCAAUCGGAGCAUUUCAGAAAGAAUGGCCAAUUUUUGAGAUUUCAGUGGUUUAUCAAUUAUUUGAAAUAAUUGCGUUUGCGUAUAUCACGCUCACUUCGUAUUUAUUGAUGAGUGCCAUUACGGCUCACAUUGGAAUACAAUUUAGAAUCAUGGCAAAUAGUCUAAGAACAUUAAAAUCGCGAGCUAAACAACAAGCAGGAGCUGAUCGCGAUAAUGAAACAAUCGUGAAUAAAAACAUGGAGGUACUGAUGCGAAGCUACAUCAAACAUCAUUUAGACGUUCUGAACCUGGCUGAAGAAAUGGAAAGUCUAUGCAGUUUAAUGAUUUUAUUCAUUUUCUUGUUCAGCGUACUUCUAAUGUGUUUCAUUCUGUUUUUCGCCUCGCUAGAACCAAUAGGCAGCGUGGAAUUCUUUCACUUUUUCUUUUAUUGGUGGUGUAUUGCUUGCCAAAUUGGUUCCUAUUGUUAUUGGGGAAAUGAGUUGAGCGAUGAAUCAGAGAAGAUAGCGCAGGCCGCGGCCGAGAUCGAUUGGAUCGGUUCAUCAAAAAUCAUAACAUUUGCGGUGCAAAUGAUUAUAACACGUGCCCAACAGCCAGUGUAUAUUACGGCAGGAAAGUUUGUUCCUUUAAGCAUGCCUACGUUAAUGAUGCUGGUGAAAGGCUCAUUCUCGUAUUUUAUGGUAUUAAAACAAACGCAAGACGAGAAUGAACUCAGGCAGUUGACAGAAAUAAGUUAAAAUGUUGCUCGAAGUAUUUACUUGAUUAAAAUGCUCGAUGUAGUACCACUAGCGACAUCUAGUAGUGAUUGUUCUCACUAAUGCUUCUUAGUUUACUUUUGAAAUGAUAACUACUGAUUCUUUAGCUAUCAUUUACAUUAAGAUUGAUUGUAAAUGUUUAUAACAAAAUAAUAAUAUGCAGUACAAACACAGAAUAAAUAGUUAUUACAUUAAAACUAAAAUUUAUGCUCAAUAACCUCAACAUUCCAGCUGUUUUUAUCAAUGUGUGCUCCUGAUAAAAACAAACAAAUGAGUAUAGUGCGACGAACAAAAUGCACAAAAAGAAAGAAAUUAUCCUUUUGUUAUCAAAUAAACCCAAUCCAAUAGGUGGUAAAUUAAUACGAAAUCAAGAAGCAAACAAGGUUUUAGAUAUAUGUUUUAUAUGCAAGCCAAACAUAGAGAAAAGAGAGACAACUCAUGCAAAUGUAUACAAAAAUGGCUUCAGUUUAAAGUUAUCAAGUAUUUCUGAAGAAAAUUUAAUACACAAUGAGAGUAUACCAGUACAAUCAGCAGAUGAUGAACCAUUAAUAUCAUGUUUAUCUUAUGAUGAUAAUCUUUUUAAGGAAAGUGUUACUCUUGGCAAUGUUUAUUCCAAUAAUGAAAAAACAAACAGAAACUGCAUUAAUAUUCUACAUGAAUAUAUUGGAAAUGAUCAUGAUGAAAAAUUACAAACAAGAAAUUCAUCUUGUGUAUAUGAAACUCUGUUUCAUUAUAUAAAUUUACACUUUAUCCUUAAA